AUGCCAAUUUCUGAACACCUCUUAGACACAAAAGAAGAAAUGUCAAUGGAAUCAGAAACUGAGCAGCCAAACAACUUCACAAAGGAAGAUGAAACUUCAAACACCAAUUGGAAAACAGAAGCACUUAACAGCACAACAGCUCAUUACCCACUUGAAAAAG